AUCUGUCAAAGGAGUACUAAGUAAAGUUCUCAACAUUAGAGACUGAGAAAUUACUUUGCCCAGAGAGUUAAAAGGAGAAGGAGAGAAUAAAAUAAGUUAUUAAUACGUGUCUAGACUGUUAUUGCAAAGCCAAAGAAGUCUUAAGAUGCCAGGAAGAGAACCAGACGAUAACCAGUCUUCUCACACACAGCCAGGGGACUCCGGACAGAUGUCCACUGUGUCCACUUGCUCCAAGACUUUGUGCUGCAGGACGACCUCGUGGCGCUAUCGAGUCACUCUGCUUCUUCACAUCGGAAGUGCCAUCGCGGUUGUCCUCAGAAUGAAUAUCUCCCUAGCCAUUGUGUGCAUGAUGAGCGAACAGUCUUCCAAUGUUUCUCAAGUGUCAGAAGACCUGGGGAACAGUUCUUCUCCAAGAGCUUUCUGAUGGAAAAAUAUCUUUGAGAAAUGUUUCUAGAGAGUUCGACUGGGAUAGCUCCAUUCAAAGUCUUGUCGUGUCGUCUGGAGGGUUCAUCCAUUUUCUCGCUCCGAUGUUCACCGAUGCUCUCUGUCGUUACAUGGGAUCCAAGCGGGUCAUGACCACCAUCAUCUCGUUAUCUGGAGUGUUAACUGUACUCAACCCUCUUGCUGCCAGAAUAUCGCCCUACUUUCUCAUCGUCCUCCGCGUCCUUGUAGGGCCAUGUGUGGGUAUAGUGCUCGCACUUCUAACAGACUUGUUCUCCUGGUGGGCUCCGGAGUCUGAGAAGGUUGCUAUGGCAUCUCUUGCGUACGCUGGAAUAAAUGUAGGAGAGAUUUUAGUGGCAGGACCCACUGGAUACAUGUGCUCUAUUCCCAUCGCCAACGGAUGGCCUUUCAUCUUCUACCUGCAUGGAGCCAUUGCCAUUGUGUGGUGUGUCGUAUGGCAUGUAUGCGCAACAGAGAGGCCAGAAGAUCAUCCUUUCAUAUCUGAAGAGGAGAAAACCUACAUCAUUCGAACGAGGUUUGCUAUGGAAGUCAACCAGGAGAAAACAGCCCCUCCUUACCUAAGCAUCGCCAGAUCGAAACCAGUGUGGGGAUAUCUCAUUCUGAUGACGGCCCAUGCAUCUAAUAUUAUCAUUUUCGCUUCCUAUUUACCCAAGUAUAUCUCCUCUGCUUUUCAAUUCAGUUCUGAGCAGGUCGGUCUUAUUACAUCUGCCAUCCAUGUCUCUCGAAUUCUGGGAAUCGUGGUGUUCAACUUCUUGUCCAACUCUCUGUUUUCACGAACACAUCUUGCCAAGAUUACGAUCCGAAAGGUCGUCCAGUGUGCAGGUUUCUUCUGUUAUACAGUUCCUCUACUGAUUCUUGGAUUUUUGAAGAACAAUAUAGUGUCUUUGACACUUCUGAACAUAAUCAUGAUUGGUCAGUGUUCACCUGUUGUCUCUGCUUACAUCUUGCCCUUGGACAUGGCUCCCAGAUAUUCUGGGUUUCUCACUGCGGUGUGCACAUCUCUCACCGGUGUUGUCGUCAUCCCCGGCCUUGUGGUUGCUGGCCUGAUGACUCCAGAGCAACUUUUUGUCACUGGCUGUGGGUCACAUCCGCAGGGAACCCUGGAGGAGUGGCGUAAUGUCUUCAUUAUGUUGGGAGCCUCGUUUACACUCGGCACCGUGGCCUUCCUCCUCCUGGGCAGCUCUGACCUCCAACCCUGGGCCACUCCGCCUGACAACACUGAUGCUGAGGAGAAGAAACGUCCAGUGACCUUUGACCUUUGACUUUCAGUAUUUCUAUGGGCCCACCUGCCUCGCCCAAGACCAACCAGACCAGAAUGCGCUUUGAUAUGAGAGUUGACAACAACUUCAAAUGAACCAGCGACACCGGCGACACCUGUGUGGUCCGAGAAGAUAAGAGAUGGACGCCAGGUUCGCAGGACGUCUAGUCAUGUAACCAGAAUAACCGCCAUGUAGCUCAGAGAGAUGAGUCUUGAUGAUGAACUGACCCCUACCGGUACAGGUGAAAGACAAAUAAACGUGACAGGUACUGACAUCUGAACUGAGGAAAGGAAAACAAUGAGUAUUAAGUUAACAUUAGAUUUUGUCCAUUUUGAUGUCAUAACUGCAGGAUAGGAACAUCUAGAAGCAAGCAAAAGAGGAGAAAAAUAGUAAACUAGAAAAAUGCAAGACAAACAUCUCCAGGACUUAACUUCAUCCAUGGACACGGAUACCAAAGAUGUUCUUGAUGACUUAUGAUCGACGAAAACAAUGUUUGGAUG